AUGGUAAACAACAGUACCCUAAAUAACGAAAAAUUUUCACUCUUUUCAAAAAGUGUUAUUUUAGAAAAUGGAAAGCAUUUAGUAAAUGUAAAAAAUGAAAAAUUAGAAGAAUACAAUUUUUUAAAUAGUAUGACAAAUCCAAAAGUUACAUUUAAUGCAAAAAAAACAAAAGGUUUUUUAAUAUUACAAUUAUUUUUAUAUGGAUAUUUAAAUAGAAUUAGUUCUUUUAGAUCAAAUAAAGAUAAAGAUCUUAUGUAUCCAUAUUUAAAAAUAUUACUAGAUAAAGAAGAAAUAUAUAGAAGUCGAAUAUUAGAUAAUUCUAUGAAUAUAUGGAAUGAAACUAUAGAUAUUGAAAUACAUUAUAUUAAAAGUAUCAUAGAAAUACAAUUAUAUGAUAUGGACGAAACAGAAGGGAUUGUAGAAGAUGAAUAUAUUGGUAGUGCUUUUAUUGAUUUAAUGAAUUUAAAAUUUAAUACGAAAUAUGAUAUGAUUUUAAAAUAUUUGGAUAAUAAAACGGCAAUGAUAAAGGACCCUUAUUUUCAUAAAAAAAAUAAAAAGGUCUCUGAGGAAAACACUAAGAAGAAAAGUAUAAAUGUUAUGAAUAAUUUGAAUAAUUUUAAUAAUACCACUAAUAAUAAUAAUAAUAAUAUUGACAAUAUUAACAAUAUUAACAAUAUGAACAAUAUUGACAAUAUGAACAAUAUUAACAAUAUGAACAAUAUUGACAAUAUUAACAAUAUUGACAAUAUGAACAAUACUAACAACAUUAACAAUAUUAACAAUAUUAACCAUAUUAACAAUUUAAGUAAUCCUAGAUCUAUCAUCCAAAGAGAAGAAAAUAUAAAUAAUAAUAAAUCAAAUGUAAAUAAAUAUGUUAACGAUUAUAAUGUUCGAAUAUUUAUUAAACUAUUUAGUAAAAAUGACUACAGUGUUUUUUUCUUACAUCUAUAUAAGAUUACUUCAUUGAACUAUAAAUAUAUAUGCACAAAAAACGAAAUAUUAGAUAAUGAAUUGAAUGUUAAUUUAUUAUAUGAGAAUAUUAAUACAAUUAAAUUAAAUUUUGAUAUGAUAUGGCUACCUUUCUUUUCUAUAAUAUCUAAUUUUUCUUCAUGGAAAAAACCAUUAUAUUCAUUAUUCUUUGUAACAUAUUUUUUCCUAUCCUUCUUUUUUUCAAAAUAUUUUAUUUCUUUUCUAUUACUAUUUUUAAGUUUAAUCCUAUUUAUUAUAGUUUCUAUUAUAAGAGAAUGUGAUAGGAUACAAAGACACGCUAACGCUAACUAUCCACAACCUUUAAAUAAAAAUAUAAAGUCCCCAAAACAUAAAAACCUCAAUUGUUUUUACAACGUGGAUACUUUGAACAAUAAUAAUCUUAACGAUGAUACCAACCGCGCUUAUAAUAACAAUGAGUCCUUUACAUAUUGGAGGAAGGUAAGGCGAAGUAUAUAUCAAAAUAUACAAUAUAAAGAUUAUUUAAAUAAUAAGAAAAAAAAGAGAACAUCGCAAAAAGACUAUGAAGAAAUUAAUGAUAACUAUUGUGAUGAUGGUGAUGAUGAAGAUGAUGGUGGCGAUGGUGAUGAUAAUGAUGAUGAUUAUAAUGAUCAAAGUGAUGAGAGCGAAGAAAAUUAUGAAAUGAAAGAUAAUAAUGAAAAAAAAUAUGAAGAAAAUGAUGAAAAGAAAACAAAGAAACAGAAAAAAGAGGUUACAAAUAAACAUGAUAAUGAUAUUAUUAGUCAAAAUGAUAAUGAUAUUAUUAGUCAGAAUGAUAAUUAUGAUGAUAUAGAUAAUACAAGUGAAAGUAGCACAUUUACAGAUUCAUCAUUAAAUAAUGUAAGCACAAAUGAAUACGAUAACUUUAGCUCUAAUUCAAUUAGUAGUUCAGAAGAUAACAUAUUAAAUGUUAGUAAUAAAAGUGAACAAAAACAAUUAAAAGAUGAUAAUAAGAAUGAUAAAUAUGAAAAAAAAUUUUCGUCAAAAAAUAUAAAGCAGUCAAACAAAAUGAAUAAAUAUGAUAAUAUAUAUGAUAAUAAAAAUGAUAAUAAUAAAUAUAAUUAUAGUAAUAAUAGUAGUAAUAUUAAUAUUAAUAACAAUUAUUAUACUGAUGAUAAUAUUAAAGAAAAUAAUUUAGAAGAUUCUAAUAAUGAUGAUAGUAGUGCUCUUAAUUAUACCGAUGAUGAAAAUGUUGAUCCAGAAAAUAAUUUAAGUGUUAUACGAACUUUUAUAAGAAAUAUAAUUGAUGAUAAUAUUAUAAAUAAUAUAAAAUAUAUUCAUUAUUUUAUAUAUUCUUUUACAAAAUUCUCACAAAUUUUCUUUUUUAUUCUAAGGAAAUUUGGAUACUUUCUAGUUAUAUUAACGCUACUUACAUGUUGUCUUAGUAUAUAUUUUUAUCCUAUGAUUGUUAGAACAUUAAGAUGUAUAAUUUUCUUAUGUGGAUUUGUAAUAUUAACAUAUAAUUUUAAGCCUAUGAAUAUUGUCUAUAGAUUUAUAUCCUGUUUUCAUGAAUAUUAUUAUUUGGAAAGAAAAAGAAGACGUACCAGUAUUUAUAAUUAUGACUAG